GAGAGAUACCAGGACUCUGAUGAAAUGAUCUGCCCAUGCCUGUAUCUCAGAAUGUGAAAGGCCAGUGGUUUGCGCUUGCGUCUUCCAUCCUUUUCUUUGUGGGAUUGGCCUUUCCCAGCACUAAUUGGUGAGCACGAGCCUAGGAGAUGGCAGUGAUGGAAGUGGCCUGCCCAGGCACUCCUGGCUCAGCAGUUGGACAACAGAAGGAGCUCGCCAAAGCCAAGGAGAAGACACAGUCACUAGGGAAGAAGCAGAGCUGCAUCUACAAGCUUGAGGCUGUGGAGAAGAGCCCCGUGUUCUGUGGAAAGUGGGAGAUCCUGAACGAUGUGAUCACCAAAGGCACAGCAAAGGAUGGUUCUGAGGGUGGGCCACCCGCCAUCUCCAUCAUCGCCCAGGCUGAAUGUGAGAAUAGCCAAGAGUUCAGCCCCACCUUUUCAGAGCGCAUUUUCAUCGCAGGGUCACAGCAGUACAGCCAGUCUGAGAGUCUUGAUCAGAUCCCCAACAAUGUGGCUCACGCAACUGAAGGCAAAAUGGCCCGUGUGUGCCGGAAGGGGAAGCGUCACAGCAAAGCCCGGAAAAAACGAAAGAAGAGGAGGUCGAAGUCACAGGCCCAGGCAGGAGUGGCCUUAGCCAAGCCCCUGCCCCGAACCCCUGAGCAAGAGAGCUGCACCGUCCCUGUGCAGGAAGAUGAGUCUCCACUAGGCACCCUCUAUGCCAGAAAUGUCUCCCAGUUCACCAAGCCUCUGAAGGAACCAGACCUUGGCCACCUGUGCUGUAAGAAACAAGGCGAAGGCCUGCGACCCGUGCUGCCACGACCAGAGCUCCACAAACUGAUCAGCCCAUUGCAGUGUCUAAACCACGUGUGGAAACUCCACCACCCCCAGGCCGUAGGCCCCCCACCGCACUCCACUCACCCUUUCCCCUACAGCAGACUGCCGCACCCUUUCCCAUUUCACCCUCUGGAGCCCUGGAGACCCUACCCGCUGGAAUCCAUCUUCCUGGACAAACUAGCCGGUGUAAGCGGCCAGCAGCCCCUACGUGGCCCACACCUAAGCAAACUGGCCUAUGGAAACAGUCAGAAGCCCCUGCCUGGCCCACACCUGGAGUCCAGCUACCCAUCUCGAGGUGCCCAAGAAAAGGCUCCUGUGGAGGAGUACCUGGUGCACGCACUACAAGGCAGUGUGAGCUCAGGCCAGGCCAACAGCCUGACCAGCCUGGCUAAGACAUGGACAUCAGGGAGCUCCAAGCCUCAGAGGCUCAGCCCUGAAACGGAGGACAACGAAGGCGUCCUGCUUACUGAGAAACUCAAACCAGUGGAUUACGAGUACCGAGAAGAGGUCCACUGGGUAACGCACCAGCCCCGUCUGGGCAGGGGCUCCUUUGGUGAGGUCCACAGAAUGAAGGACAAGCAGACAGGCUUCCAGUGUGCCGUCAAAAAGGUAUGUCAAGGUGAUGUGCUGAUGGGCUUACACCCGAAUUUCCAGCAUUUGGGAGGCUGAGACAAGAGAGGGUAGUCAUGGAUUCUAGGCCAGUCUGGAUAAUAAUGUGAGAUCCUGUCUACAAAAUUAAAAACAAAACAAAAACAAACAAACAAACAAAAAACAUACAUAGCAGGUAGGACUCCAGCGAGCUGAAAGGGAAGCCACAUGGGGGCUGCUGCACUCAGUCUCAGCAAUCGGUCAACGGCAGUCAUGGGCUGUUCAUCCAGCGCUCUGCCUUGAUGGUUGGCACCCUCGCUGCCCUUGGGUCAGCUGGAGUUGGAAGGGAGAGGUCUGUCACAUGGCCUGGCCUGAUUGCUGCCCUUGGUAUGCAUUUCUGUGAGAGGCAGUGCAGGAGCACGCAGCUUGGGUCUGGAUACAGCCCUGGCCACUGAAGACGCCAGGGCCUGUAGGGGCAAGUCCAGACCUGGAAGAUGCUCCAGUCCACAGGAAGUACAUACUGAACAAAACCCUUCUGCCGCAUAGUGGGGCCUGGCGCAGGUGAUUAGAAUGGUAACCAGCACCUGACGGGAAGCUAAACCUGCCUCCCAAUGCCAAGCCCUGUGAGACCGGCAGGACAGCAGGGGAAACCGUGGCCCAGCCAUACACUAAGGAGCUGG